UCAGUUCACAGGCUGGUGCCGUGACGCGCGGUUGGCCUGCGCGGUGCUUUCGAAGUGCGUGUUUUCUCGCCGAGAGAGAAAGCGAACCCAGCUGAAGCUUUGAUUGCCUGAUGUAACUGGCGAACGCGGAGCGGUGGUCAGCAUUUCGCGCGAUUAGAAUCGUUGCUCCCGGUGCUCCGACGAACCUGUCUUCUCUGUCACCCGCGGGAGGAACAAGUUCGUAUUGUUUUUUUCCCGGUGAACUCGAUGAGAUACCCGAUGAGACCGAUCGCGACCAGUGAAUAGUGCGUUCUCUCUCGUUAAGUAGAGACUGAAAAUCGGAGCGCUACUUUCGGAGCAACUUAGCGACGACGGACGUCAACGGGGUCACGCGCGAAUAAACAGAUCGAGAGGCGCGAGUGGCUGUCUAUCAUCGACUUUGGCCGCCGCCGAGAGUUAUCGGCUCUGGUUAUAGGAGGACGUAAUCGAGGAGCUCGUAAAGUGAGUGAGUGACAGUGACGGAAGUGUGUGAUCGCGAGGGCGGCGGAGGAUAGGAGGGAAGUUCUUAACGACGGAGGUGUAUAGCGCGCGCGCGAGAAAGAGGAUCACCGUUUCCCGAGGGUCGAGACGUCGCUCGUCAAAAUCAGAGCGGAUCCCAAGACAUCUCGCCGUCGAUAUUUCUGAGUGAUGUUUUGAGCCCGUACCGCGCGCGCUCUCGGAAAGAUGAAGACUGCGGUCGGCCCCGCCUCGCUCCUCCUCCUCAUUCUCCUCGUCAACGACGUCGUUUCCGUCGAGUGGAAGCAUAGCGCCGUGCUGGACAACAAUUUCUUGGUGCUGUGGACGCCCGGCGAGAGGGACGUUACGUUCGAGAUCCAAGUGAAGACCCUCGGCUAUGUCGGACUCGGUUUCACGAAGGCAACCGAGUCCGGUCGCGCCGGUGCUGACAUGGUCAUCGGAUGGGUCGAUAACAACGGUCAGGUCCACCUUCAGGACCGGCACGUGAAGGACGCCAGCAGAGACCCGCAGAUGGAUUCGAGCCAGGACUACCGGCUGUUACUGGGUUACGAGAACAAGACGCACACGGUCCUUCGCUUCAGCAGACGAUACGACACAUGCGACCCGCGGGACCUGAAGAUCACGAACGACACGAUGCAAGUAGUUUGGCAAUAUCACGUCGAGGAGCCGGUAUCAGCGGCCGGGAUCUUGCCCGAUCACGGCGCGGUACGAGGAACUAGACCAUUGUAUCUGGUUCAGAGGGACGCACAACCAAAGCGCAACCUGCGUAAUCCGGAAACGGAGAAGCCGCUGAAAAUUUGGGAUAUCCUGAACAAGCAGGUUCGUUUACCCAUGGGGCAAGACACGCUGCUCUGGUGCCGUGUCCUGAAGAUGCCGAGCAUUGAUCGCAAACACCACGUCGUGAAGUACGAACCAGUUAUUCAGCCGGGAAGCCACCAAUACCUGCAUCACAUGACCCUGUAUGAGUGCCGCGGAAAUCAAACCCAAUUGGAGGCCGCGUCCCAAACGACCGGGGAUGUCUGUAACGCUCCUGAUAAACCCGCAUUCCAGUGCAACACGAUCGCGGCCACUUGGAGUCUCGGUUCGGAGGGCUUUAAUUAUCCGCCUGAGGCCGGAUACCCGCUCAAUCCGUCCAACGGACCUCACUACUACAUGCUGGAGACGCACUACACGAACCCGCAGCUGGACGCCUUCAUCAGCGACAGCAGCGGCCUGCGUCUCCUCUACACCGAGCAAGUGCGCGUCCAUGACGCCGGCAUACUCAGCGUCGGCAUCGACCCGAACUGGCGGCACAUCAUACCGCCAGGCCAGCACGAGGUGGUCUCCGAGGGCCACUGCAUCUCGGACUGCACCGGCCAGACGAUACCGAACACCGGCAUCAACAUGUUCGCCGUGAUCAUGCACACCCACCAGCUCGGCAGGAAGGUGCGCCUACGGCAGAUCCGAGCCGGCGAGGAGCUGCCGCCGAUCGCCGCCGACGUCAACUACAAUCCCAAUUAUCAGGAAUAUCGGAGGCUCCAGCGGCCGAUCAAGGUGUAUCCGGGUGAUCACUUGGUUGCCGAAUGCACGUACUCGUCCGAAACCCGGGGGGCCAUCACGCUCGGCGGCUUGGGGACGAGAGAAGAAACUUGCCUGGUGUCUGCUCUCUAUUAUCCGCGCAUUGAGUUGUCUCUCUGUUAUUCUUUACCGUCGUUGCCGACCGUGCUGCACAGCUUGGGGAUCCAGAAAUUGAAGCAGGGUUCCAGCCCGGUGAUGAUCGAGGAGCCGAAGAAGCUGGCGGGCCUGACGCUGGAGGAACGUCUGCUGGGCUACGACUGGGUGACGAACUUCCAGAGUUUCCAGGAGGUCACCCGCAGCGGCACGUUCAAGCCGCUCUGCGGCAGCGGCAAGGGCGCCCUGCCCGGUACGGACAACCUCGAGGUGCACUACCCGCGCAUCCUCAGGCCGUACGAGGAGGCGAGUGCGCCCUGCGCGAAGAAGCCGCUGCGAAACAAGCUGUCGAUGCUGCUGAGCGAAGACGACGACAUCGGCGCGCCGGUCGACCCCGACAGCGACGAGUCGAACGCGGUCGAGCGGGGUCAGCUGGUGCGCAGCAAGGUGUCCCGCAGCAGUGACGCCGGCCCGGCGCCCGGCAGCUCGUCCGGUCGCACGGUGUCGGCGGCGAUGUUCCUCGCCGUCGCUACGAUCAUCAUUGGCGCCGCGUUCAGGUGAACGUCGCCGCCGCGCGACCGGUCGACUUCACUCGGACUCAGGAUCACCUCUGGCGGAGUUAUCCGUCGCGAUCGAACCCGCGGCGAACCGAGCGGCGCCAGCAGCAGCCCAGGCCGGGGCGUACGCGCGCACGUUCGCGUAAGUACAUGCCAAUCUCAGCAACGCGGAGGACUUAGGCUAGGCUAGGCAUUAUUGUCAUCGUUCCACGAGCCGAGCGGCCGGGAUUCGUCGACGGAUUCGAUCGGUGGUCUUUCCGGGACGGUUUCGUUUCGGUGGAAGCGCGCGCGCGCGCAACCCGCUGACCCGCUGGCGCGCUCUUCGCCGUGUCCUCGCGUCGCGACGCGUUAUUCGUUAAUGGGAUUUGCCAUGUCCGUCUUUUUUCACCGCUCGUUAUCACGAGGACGUUGGAGUGACGACGGUGUCGGUGAGGAACCGUGGCAAUUGAGACACGCGUGAAGACUGACAACGACGGGAGACGUUUAUUUUCCGGUGAGCUCUCGCGGAAAUCUCGCGAAAAUUUCGCGGAGCUGACGUUCUGCACCGCGCGCUUCUCUUGAGAUUCGCGAUAAUUCGAGGUUGGAUACGCGUAAUCGGUGAAAUAAGCGUCUCACGUGUCGCCGAAGAGCUCGCCAGUCUUCGGCCGAAAAUGCCGAACUUGUGCGAGUGGGGGACAAGGCAAUUGCAAUCGCCACUCGAUCGGGAGGGUGUAGGUGAGAUCUAUAUACAUAUACAUAUAUCAUAGAGGACGUAGUGGAAAUUACCGGAAUCCACGUUAUCUCGACUUAUAGAUGUUGAAAUAAAAUUAUGGUAAUUUUACGGUGGCGUCUCGUCGGGAUAUAUGAGAGGCGCAUUUCUCUUAUUCAUCACGGUGCUCGGUUUCACCGGCAGGAAACGUUCAUUCUCUCCUUUCCAGCGUAGCUUUACGGGUUGUGUAUUGUGGACAGUGUCUAAAUGAAGAAUCGAACGGUAUAAAGGUAACAAUAACAAACGAACACGCUCACAUCGUCGAAUGUAUAUCUCAAUUAUUUCCGUCGAAUUCGAGUCGUUUCUCCACGUAGAGCUGUCGCUUCUGUGAUAUUUGACGUCUUGAUUUAAGAGACAGGCUGUAACUGCCGUAUCGUUCUCUCAUAUAUCGUGAAACGAACGAUUCUAUAUAUAUACAUAUAUAUAUAUAUAUAUAUAUGGCCGUAGCCGCUAUUUUUACGGGAACAUCCAUGAGGCACCAAACGAAUGUACAGAGAACACUUUUCCCGCGUCCAUUUCGAGCAAGUUCACUCUCCGACUCACUUUGAUUUCCGAGCCUCACGGAGAACUUUCCGGAUGGUCCAGAAAACAGAGCCUUCAGUUUCCUCCUCUGUAUGUAAUUUAACUUCCGAACACGGCGAUUUCGGGAUGAGGCUCUAUUGAAAUAUUCAUCCCGGCGUUUGAAAAUCAUGCGGGAAAGAGAGAGGGGGGGGGAGGAAGAGAGAGAUGCGGAGUGUGAGAGAGUUAAUGACGCUGCGCUGAACGGAAGCGGAUGUGGAUGUGCAGCGCGUUAAUUUCGCCAACGGUGAAACCGAGCGCGGAAGAUCGUAUCUAUCGCGUCCUCGUUUCGCGAUCGGCUUUCGCGACCUCCGCUCCCGCGCGCGCCAUUGUCACGUAAUAGAGAGGUGUUUGCGACACGGCGUGCUUCGAACGCGACAGACGCGCGCCAGUCCCGUGCUCGGCGCGAAAUAGCGGCCAUGCUGCGCGGCGCGAAUCACGGCGCGAUUCUCUCUCGUCCGCGAUCUAUAUUAUUGUUUAAACCCGGGACAGAGCUGCGUUUAUCGUAUUCGAGAUACGCCAUCGCGCGGAAAAUCCGCGGUGACUCGCGCGGGCGAGAUAUCUCUCGGAUACGAGCUCGUUGGCCGCGUUGCGCGUGCAUUUCCGACGCGCCCGAGUCAAAAGUGCAAACUGCAUCUCGACGGCGCUGGGACUGAUAUCGCCGCGGCUUUCUCCGCCCCGGUGUGCAUCCCCGUUGUCCUCGAUGCGUCAAUCAAUAAUAAAUCGGGAGAUCAGAGAAAUGACGGGGAUCCGUAACAAUAGCUUACAAUGCGAACCUUUUCGAUAAGGAGGGGUUAACGAAAUUAUUCGACGCGAUACGCACAUUGCGUGACUCGAGAAAGAGGCAGCGAUUAUCCGAACGAAGUGUUAAUGUUGUUAAAGAGAUAUAUUUAUGUGACAUUUUAUCUUGAUUAACUCACGAUCGGUGAAUAUAAGUUAUUCGUAGAAUGCGAUUGGCAAAAGUUAUGCGAGAAGAAUCCGGAUUCAUAUGAUGUUUCGAGGAAAAUGAGGAUGAAAAUUUGAUGCAUGAUUUGAAAAGUAUAAAUAGCACUGAGGUUCUUCAUGAUCGUUUAGAAAGUUAAGUGUGGUUUAUCUUCUUCUCCCUAAAUGUAUUCAUUGACAAGCUUGACUCUUGAAAGAACGAGUAAAAAAUACACAACUGGUAGAAAUAAAAACUGUUCUUUAAUUAAUUUUAGUCGGCCCGUAAGGCUUGAAUUGUUCUGUUUUAUAUAGAAAGAAGUAUAAACUAUCCGUUAGCAGUAAAUUCCCCCAAAUUUUGUGGGUCGGAUUCUUCUUGCAUAACUAUGACCAAUUAUUGAUCCGUGCAAUUCGAUAACACAUGGAUUGAUAAGGAUCGAAAUCGAUCCGACUCCCGUGAGUAACGCGCGGUGAGAUACGAACGUGACACUGGUGACUUCACCAUUCAUUUACAGUUUUAGUUAAUUAGUUAAUCCCGCGAUAUCACACUGCCCGAUAAAGCUGCCACUCACUGUCGUCACCCAAUGUGAUUCAUUCUACCGUCAUCGAUUCUGCGACGGUUAUCUCCGCGCUAUAUCACGAAUCGAAGCUACUUUCAGGCGGCAUUAAAAUGUAUCCGAUCCAUCUCGAUGGGCGGACGCGAUGACAUUUAAUAAUGAAAGCGUGGAGAGAAUGCCGUUUGAUUUUUCACGUGGCACGACCUUAUCGGUCGACGACCCCGAACGAGAGAUACCCCCGCGAAUUUUCGCGUCCGCGUCUCGACAGAGUCGAGAUUAUUCUUAAGCUUCUCACGAGGGCUUAAUUGUUGGCUGUUUAUUUGCUGAUCGGGAACCGGACGAGGCGUCGCGUUUUUCGCGGCGGGCAGAGCCCCGCCGAUUGUGUUCCUUUCGAGGUGCGACGACGAUCAAGUUUCCCCCGGCGCGCGGUAUACCUCCCAAUUUCAUUCAGUCGCAGGUUCGUUCGGAAUACGAAAAGAAAUUUUCGUUUCUCCGGAUAUUGCUUUUCCGCAAAGCGAAGAAAGUCGUUCCGAGAAUCGAAAGGAAAAGAAAGAAUAGAUAUUGCGAGGACUUGCGAACUUAAUAGUUUAAUUUAAAAUUUUAAACAAUUUUUCUCACACGAUACAAUUAAAAAAAAGUCGAUCGAGCCGGAAAAUAGUAUUCUAAGAUCGACGCGUGCAUUGCCGCUUUCCUUUUACUCGGGGAAAGUGUAUUUCUUUAUCGUGAAGAUUGCCCGAAGAUUUGAUCUCGUCUUUAUGGAACCUCACGAGAACCUCGGCUUCCGGAAAACAUCGUCGCUCGGUCGACGCCGAACUCCGAUGAUUUUCGGCACCCACGAAGAAACGAGCCGCGCACGCGCGGUUCCCGACGAAGUCUGUAUAUUUUGUUGACUAGACCGUAGUGAUAGCUAUAGUGACGUUCUUUUUCUUUUUCUUUUUUCUUCGAAUAAUGAUCAUAUAAGUAUAAGCAUUGGUUGAUUUGCACGCGAUGGCAAUUUCGUGCGAGAAUCUAAGUCUCGUUAUAAGAACGGAUGAUAUCUCUUUCGUUGAGCGUUUCGCGCAACGGUGUUACUUAACCAACGUUUAUAUAUAAAUAUAUAAAUAGACCCACACAGAGACAGACACACACGUACACAUACACUAUAUAUAUAUAUAUAAAUAUACAAAUUAUACAUACCCACACACACAACGACUCUUUGUAAUAUUCUGUACAGUUUAUUACGUGUAACGUUAUCCAACGCGCUUGUCGAAAUGCUCGUCGAUCGUAUACACGGGCGGUUAUUUAUUCUUUAUUUAAUGUAUAAAGCGAUUACUUGCGAUUCGACACAUCUCUCUCACUGUUACAUAAACACACGCGUUAAUACACACCCUCGCACUCACGAGAUUUUCCACGAGUCCGACGCAUUAUAGGGACACCCGCAAGACCGCGUGAGACUUUAAUUACCGCUGAUGAUCCGCGAGUCAAUCGUGGGAGUAAUCGACACACGCUUCGAUCAUCGUGCGAUUAUUUGCGACUGCUCAAUGCGUUUAGCUAAGUUAGCGAUCGUCAUUUUUGUAAACCGCAUUGCGCUCGAAUUUCGCCGACGUUACGAUAUACUUUGCUCGAUGCGUGUCAUUCAAAUGGAACUAUUCAAUUCUAUCAAAGUGCCGUUUUAUUUCACACAGAGUGUUUAUCCAGUAGUCGAUUAUUAUUAGCCACAUUCCGACCGUGAUCGUUACUAUCGUUAGCCGUACGCACUCGGAUCAGUUUACACGAUGCGAAUAAAUAUAUCUACGACGUGCCUAGUAAACUCGCGAACGUUCGGGGAUUCAGCCGAAUGUUUUGAUCGAUACAAUCUGCAUCGCGAUUUGCAUUCGAUUCGGAAGCUUCUCCCGAUAAUUUCCAUUUAAAUGACUCUCGACUCGGAUUUGUUCCUUCGCUCUAUUUCGCUUCGAAAUCAAACGAAACGGAAGUGUCCCUAAACACGCGCCGUUACCGUUACUUCAACUUCGCACCGGUAUUAACAGGGGGGGAAAAAAGCAGCUGGGAACAAAGAGAAAAUAACGGGGGGGGGGGCCUUCGUUGGCCAAGUCACUACCGAAUUAUUAUCACUCUUCUUUCGUUCUCUCGUCUGUUAAUCCACCCUUUCGGCACCUCGCAUUUUUCGAUGUUAGAUCGGAAAGAAUUGCGCGCACUUUUUUCUCCUCGUUCCUCCUUCCCUCCUCAUCCUUCUAAUUGUAGCGAAGUCUCAAAGUAGCGCGACUAAUCGGUAAUCGGACACGUAGCUACGUUUUACAAUUUAAUACUAACUGGUAAUUCGUAAAUGUCAUAGGGAAAUCUGUGUGUGUGUGUGUGUAGAGAAGACUCUAGGGCAAUCGAGUGGCCGUACCUUAACCCUUAAGCAGUCGCGACAACUUUGCCGAGAGUAUCACGUUGCGAUGUUCCAUUUAGUUGCAGAGCAUAGCGUAGCGCAUUUCACCGCGAAAAGUGAAUGAAAUUUGUCAGCGAAGGCAUGAGCCAGAGAGAGAGAGAGAGAGAGAGAGAGAGAGAGCUGAAGUUACAGUGACGGAACCACGUCGUGACGAUGAACGACUUACGAUCGCGACUUUUGCCCUCUUCAUUUCCAACUUACGUGUGAGAAUUUGCAAAAGAAAGGGGAGAAAAAGGAUGGGAAAUGUGUCGGUCGAUCCAGUGUAAGAAAUUUUAUUCGUAUUAGGAGAGAACGCGGACUCCGAUCGCCAUCGACUACUUAAGGGUCACGAGCAGCACGAAGGUCAUUCGUUCGUAACCACGCCGUUACUGGUCGAAUCGAAAUUGCCGAGGACUGCCAGUAUAUCGCUUUACGCGAAUAUUGUGUUCCGAUCGGUCCCAUUUCCACCGCGAGAACUAUAUUCCGGCGAUGGGCAGCGGUCGGCGUUGCCGGACGAUAAAUCCGCGUAUGACGUCGGGCUCCCAACGGUACUCGAUAGUUCAUAGUUGUUCGGCGAACUAUUUUCGAUAACUCACGAAGGCACACGCCGGACAAUUAUUAUACGCAAAGAGACGGUUACCGCGGCCGGAUGUUUUUUUCUUUCCCUCCCCCCCUCUCUCUCCUCUCUCUCUCUCUCUCUUUCUCUCUUUUUCCACCGAUAACCCGUUAGCCGCGAACACGAGUUCCCGCUGUGGAGAGUUACUGGAUAUGUUCCGAGAAAUUCGUCGGCUCGAAACGUUUACAUCGACCAUCCGUUAAAUAAGGACACGGGAUGCGCAUCGCGUUCGAGUUACGCUCACUUGAAAGAUGCGAAAGCGGUAAAUUUCCUCCCUCGCAAACACUCAUUUGCAUUCAGGUUAAUUUAGACACGUUUGGAAAUUCUCUUUUUCCGAAAAAAAAAAAAAAAAAAAAAAAAAGUUUAUUCAAACACACUAGAUAUCGAAUAUAAUCUAAAUGGGAAUCGAUAGCAUCGCGCUGUUUUUUAUCCGAUACGCCGACAUGGUUUUCUUGUUAUUUCUAGAGGGAAGUCACACGCGCAAUAAUACCAUCCUGACGAGCUUAGCCGCAGUCGGAAAUUUCAACUAAUCCUCUCGUCUAAUUCCACCACGGUUUCUUUCAUCAUUCGAUUCUCCCUCCCUCUCUUUUUCCCCUCUUUCUCUCUCUCUCUCUCUCUUUCUCUCCGUCCGCUACAUGGAUGCGCAUUUCAGGAUUCGCUGAGCAUCGGCCGAUUUUUAGCUUCGUCGAACGGGCUCGUAAGAAUCGUUGGGCGAUGACGAAGGACGAGACGGCGCGGUGUCUCGUCCUCGCUCGGUGAGUCGAUAAUUCUCGUCGGCGAUGAGCCGACGACGGCACAAUCGAGGGAUCUUGGCGAUCCUCCGUCGCGGAUCGUCGGCGACGCGGGUGGGGUGCUAGGUACCGCCGGUGAUAUGAACAGAACAAUCAAGCAAAAAAAAGCGUCACGAGUAAAUGCCCUUUUAAAGUGGGAUAAUUACGUUUUAGGUAACGGUAGAGCGACGUUAUUAUCACGCCAUUUAUACUCGAUGAUCUUGUAUCGUACGUAGGCGUAUAUUAGGCGAUCUUCUUUUCCGUAAGGAUUGCCGGCGUUCACCACCACGACGACGUGUGUGACUUGUCCGCGAGGCGAAUUUUUCCCCCCAAAGCAUCGGCAAGCGUCUCCGUAGCACGGAUAACAGCCAAUCACGAGACACGUGCACAGAGUACUCCGCGUUCCUCCUUUCUCGUCUCUUCGUCGCGAAUUACCUGGCGUAUUCCCGCGGCAGAGAGAGAGAGAGAGUUAUUACGCGGGAAUCGCGCGCGGCGAAUAAGCGCGCAGAAUCAACAGAGUACAUUCCUCCCUUUCUCGAAUGCAAAAUCCUCGUCGCUGCGAAGACGGCGAUGGUGACGGCUGCGGAAAAUCGAAUCGCCUCGCGGCGCCACGAAGUAGCGACGUCACCUUCCACCAUUUCCCAACAAAAAUGUUUAUUCCAUCGGGAGUACCGAAUUCGAGCGGGAUACGAUUCCCGUUUUGGAGCGCGCGCUCCCGCUAAGUCGCUCGCGACGCGUCUCGACGUCGCCGCUCGUGGGCCCGACGAGUGAGUGGUGAAGGCCGGGAAAUUGAAAAUGUAUGUACUGUACGUAGAGGAUUUAGCGAUCGCCGGCUCUCCGCCGAGUUUCGCGCCCUUUGUCAGCGAGCAAAGACGCGGCGGUGUGGCGAUCGGAGGCGGUAAUGCGUAAGCGCGAGAGAGAGUGCAUAUAAGGGAAAUCGAGCGGAUAGCGUGUGCGUGUAAAUAUAGAAUGUCCUGUAUAUAGUUUUUAGAUUUAAACGACGUCCGACGGGAAACCUCAUAGGCACCUUACACACACUCGACUACCUACUUCGGAUAGGUGUGGCUGAACAAGCGUCUUAUAUCUUUAUAAUAUACAUACACCGAACGCCCUGUCCUUCCAUAAUGCUCUUAGAUUUAUACCUACCCGAUUUACACUCGAUAUUAAUAUCUAAACGCUACACUAUCAUCUACACACUGUAAC